AUGUGCGAACGGCUGUACAGAAAAAUAAAAGAACUGGAGUGCGAAUCGAACCUGUACCUAUCAAACAACAAGGCGCUAUUCGAGAGUAUACUGCAGCUGCUGAGGGAAGGGGUGCCCUCCAUCCCAAGCGCCUGCUACGUGGACGACAAGGUAGCGGACAGAGAAACCAACAGGUACGUGCUGACCAAAUACAUUUACGACGUGGAUGGCAUUAUCUACAAAGUGGAGGCACACUCCAAGGUGACACUAGAGAAGGAAACAAACGCAACAGUAAAAUUGUUGGAUGAAGAAUACUUAACAGUUAACGAAGUGGAGGAUAUAUACAAAGGGGACAACUACAACGUCCUAGAUUCUGUGCAAAUAUACGUGGCACAUAGCCAUUUUGAACAUGUAUGGAAUGAGCAUACUAUGCAAUAUUUUCUGAGCUGUUAUCACGAUGAGCAGAAUUUAAAAAUACACACACAUUUAUUGGAGAAGGAGGAAUUUGGCUACGACAUACAAAUUGAGUUGUUUGAAGUACCGAGGACUCCAGAGAAGAUGCUCCUCGUGGCAAGUCACUUGUCCAAAAUACGAGAAGCUUUACUGUGUGGACCUUUCAUGCAUUUUUUCCUGUCCAAAACACAUGUACAGGAAAAUUCUUUCACUAAAUUUAUUAUUAGACGUAAUGAAGUCAUAUAUCUGCUGAAGAAGAAUGACUACGUUUUGGUGAUUCUAUCUGUGCACUAUGUGGAUAGGCAUGAUCGCUGUAUCGUCCUGGGGGUGUGCAAAAACAUUCACGCUACGACAAAGUCGAUGGAUUUACAUGGACACCUGGACUUUUCCUUUUAUGCUGACUUUCCUGCUCAUUUGGUGCCUGCGGAGUUGUUCGUCUACGCGGGGGCAGACGAUGGGGACGGUUCCAAUUAUGACCCAUGCGGGGAGGUUAACGGGCACGCAGAUAGCGAUGCCAAGUUGGCUGAUCCACCGGAUCCUUGCCACCCACCUCGGCACAGCGCACACGUAGAAAGCACCGCCCCCAACGUCGGGUUCGUGGCGAUCAAAAUGGACGCCAAGUUGUUCUCCAGCUGUAAGGACUUCUCCGAACUGAUCCAAAUAUCCAGUAGGGUGUCCCACAUUAUUGUGUCCUUCCGAGAUUUCCUAAACAACGCUGUGGUGCUCUACCGCAUGCGGCGUCGGAGGGCCUUGUGA